AUGUCUUCACUCGCCGCUGGCAAGUUUUUCGCACUGGAUCUGGCAUCGAUGACGACUCAGCGCCUUCCCAAUUAUUCCAGUGCGCAGCUGCUAUGCGAUCCCUCGCCGUCAUCCCAGUCGCAACGGGUGUCCUACGCGCCGAGCUGCUGCAGAUCCGCCAAGAACGCGACGAGCCGUUCCGCGCAUUCUCUGCGCGGUAAGGCCGAGACGUGCGAGUUCGAGGCAGGGUGCGAGUGCGGAAGAAACCUCGACUACACUGACCACAUCAUCCGCGAUGUCCUGCUAAACGGCAUCAACAACCCAGACAUCCGCCGGGAGGUACUGGGUACCAAGAACAUCCUUAAAACCCCCGUUAAUGACGUCAUCGCACUGGUCGAGGGUAAAGAGAUGGCUCGAAACGCGCUACCAUCGUCGUCCUUGUCCGCCAUCUUGCCUUUCCGACGGCAGCAAAAACCUCCCUCAGACAACCCCCCAGCAGCCCCUUCGCAACCUGACAGGGCCAGGCAGGCUGCCUGCCCGGAUUGCCGCGCUCUGUUCCACGUAUUUUCGGAAGGGACCAGGGGCUGGAACAGCAAGACACACCAGACGUGGAUCACGUGCCACCGAUCCCGCCGUCGCCGCCACCGGCCACAACAACCACCCCAUGCCCAAAAGCCUGCAGUCCAGACAGUGGAGUUAGAGCCGAUAUCUCAGAUUGCAGCACUCCACGACAAAGAAGCCAACGCUCCCCCACAGCACACGCCCACCACCCAUGGCACUGUGCACAAGCCUACCGCUGUCACGCUUGAUCACCAUGUCUUCACCAAAGAAUUCCUGGCAUGUGGCUUCUCGCUGGAGGACCUCUUCCCGGUACGCCUUGACCUCACCGCCGCCAACCGCUCGCCAAUCGCCAUCGAUGGAGCGUUCUUCGCCCGACUGUCGACGAUCACUCGUGACGGUGAAGCAGUGUCUUGCCGCUCAAUGGUAUACGUAAGCGGCAGCGUCCAAGCCAUGUACUUAUCGUACGAGUCCAUGCUUAACCUGGGCAUCUUAUCACAUGGCUUUCCCUCCGCCGAGCCCCUGAAGAACCCAAGCGACGAGCACACCGAUGACUUAGCCACCCCGCACAGACCCCUGUCAGUCAACUCCACGCGAGCAGUCAACGAGGGCUGCAGCCAACCCGACAACACAGCGGGCACAUGCUCGUGCCCCCAGCGUUCGGCCUCGUAAACCAAGUGUCGAACUAUGCACAGCUACGCGACAUCAUGGCGCCAUUUAAGCCUUUCCUGAGCCCGCGCUGCAAGUUCUCCUGGUCAUCCCAAUUGGAAGAGGCAUUUCAGGCGUCAAAAGCGGCCAUUAUCCAGGCCAUACGCCAAGGCGUGGAGAUCUUUGACAUGCAGCGACGCACUUGUCUACGCCCAGACUGGUCGCAACGUGGCAUCGGUUACUUCCUGUUGCAGCAGCAUUGUGAAUGCCCUUCUGACGUCCCCGACUGCUGCCCUGGGGGAUGGCGUAUCACCCUGGCCGGCUCGCGCUCCCUACUCUCGGCUGAACAGCGCUACGCAGCAAUCGAAGGAGAGGCCUUAGCCGUAGCUUGGGGAUAAGAACAAACCAAGUACUUCACACAAGGCUGCGACAAUCUCCUCGUCGUCACCGACCAUAAGCCGCUCGUGAAGAUAUUCGGCGACCGCACCCUUGACGAGAUCACCAACACACGUCUGUUCCGUCUAAAACAGCGUACCCUCCAGUGGCGUUUCGACAUCAAACAUCUGCCUGGGACAAGUAACCUUGCAGCUGAUGCACCAUCUCGACACCCGUCACCCACAGACCCUGACUGUCACUCCUCAACGGGAUCGCCGAGCACCCCCGACAUGGUAGAAGCAGCACACAUGGCAUCCAUUUGCGACGACACUCAAGACAUCAGUACCAUAUCAUGGCCCCUCCUCGCACAAGAAACAGCCUCUGACACGUCGCUUAGCAACCUCCUUCAACAGAUUAAACACGGAACGACAACUGCUGACAGCCGCGAUCCUGAUCUCGCAACCUUUGGGCCCAUCUGUGAUUCUAUCUAUGCACAUGAAGGGGUCCUCUUGUACCAGGAUCGCGUCAUUGUCCCCACCUCUCUCCGUCCCCGUGUUCUUCAGCACCUUCACGCAGCCCAACAAGGCACCUCGUCAAUGGAGCAACGUGCUCGCACAAUAAUCUACUGGCCAGGAAUGGCAAGGGACAUCCGUGCUAUCAGAGAACGCUGUUCAGACUGCAAUAGGAAUGCACCAUCACAAGCUGCCACCCCUCCCCUACCAUCGCCGCCACCGUCUACCCCGUUCGAGGCGGUCUUUGCCGACUUCUUC